CCACCCCCCCCCCCCCCUCUUUCUCUCUCCCUCUCUCUCUUUCUCCAACGUGAAAUAGACUAACCCUCCACCCAUCCUCUCUUUCUUUUCUCUCGUCGCCGGCGAGAGAUCGGAGCUCGGUGGUUGGCGCCGGAGGCCGCCAUAGAUUCUGGCGGCGUCACGGACACGCUUGGAAUCUGCGGGCCUCGCGGCGGAGGAGCAGUGUCUCCGGAUAUGUAGAGAAAGAAAAAAGACAGGGGAAUAUAAUAUUCUAUUGCGGCGGGGGCCGGGCGAGGGGGGUGGGGUGGGAGUUCUUCUUGCUUGCAUUGGAGGGGAAAAGAGGGGUGGACGCUCGCGCACGGCACGGAUGCCGAGGCGAUCCCUUCGCGGAAUCCCCUUCUUCUCCUCCGACGCCUCCUUGCCGUAUGGCGUAAUUCAUUCCGUGGCCGAUGGAUUCUUUUAAAUUCCGCCUCCUUGGGCUUGUUACGUGCUGGUUUUAGAGGUUUUUGGGCGAGCGAAGGAGGACAGGAGAGCGAUCUGUUGCUCGAUCUGAUUCGAAUUUUACCGCAGAGCUGAGCUCCAAAUGGGUGCAUCUGCUGGGGGCAGGAUGCCAUCUAGCGUCAUGGAUCAGAGGCGCCUGUCCCCAUUUUGCCUGCCUCCAGAUUCAUCUUCCUUCUUUUCCGACGAACUCCGCUUUCCUACUGAGCGACAAGUUGGAUUUUGGAAACCUGAGUCUCUGCCUGAUCAUCUUGGAACAGAGGGAAUGCGAUUUAUGCCUGGAAGUAAGUCAGCUUCCUCUUCUCCAAUCGAGAAGCUUCAUGCAGCGACGGCGAACUCUGUGGAACACUUAGAACUUCCACAUCCUGAUCUUUUUGAAGAUCAGAAAGCUAAGUUUGGUCUUGAGCAUCAUCAGAUGGGACCAGACAGGUCAGUUAACAUAACAAUGACUCCUUGGAGGACUGCAAGCCAUGAUUCUGGACCCCGAUCUGAUCUCUUGGUCCAAUCUUCAUCGUUAAUUGCGCAAGGGAGCAGAGUUAGUUUAAAUGGGACCCACUAUGAGAAUGGGCUUUUCUCAAGUUCUUUGUCAGACAUGCUUGACAAAAAAUUGAGGUUGUCGUCAAACAACAUUCCUAUAGGCCAGUCUGUUGAUACGGCAAAUUCCAACUUUGGGGAUGAUGAACCUUUUGAAUCAAUGGAAGAAAUUGAAGCCCAAACUAUUGGAAACCUACUUCCUGAUGAUGAUGAUCUGCUGGCUGGUGUUAUUGAUGAUCUUGGUUAUAUUGGUCGACCCAGCAAUGGUGAUGACAUGGAUGAUGAUAUAUUUUGCAGUGGCGGGGGUAUGGAACUUGAAGCCGAUGACAAUAUUAAUGGCAACAAAACUUCUGAACUUUUUGGUGGGGGAGCCCUGAAUGGUCAGCAAGGGGGACUAAAUGGCCCAUUUGCUGGUGAACACCCUUAUGGUGAACAUCCCUCAAGAACUCUUUUUGUUAGAAACAUCAAUAGCAACGUUGAAGAUGCGGAGUUAAGGGCUCUUUUUGAGCAAUAUGGGGACAUACGUACACUUUAUACGGCCUGCAAACAUCGUGGUUUUGUAAUGAUAUCCUACUAUGAUAUAAGGUCAGCAAGAAAUGCUAUGAGAGCUCUUCAAAACAAGCCAUUGAGACGCCGGAAGCUUGACAUACACUUCUCUAUUCCAAAGGACAACCCUUCAGAGAAAGAUAUUAACCAGGGAACACUCGUGGUAUUCAACCUUGAUUCCUCUGUUUCAAAUGAUGAUCUUCGUCAGAUAUUUGGUGUUUAUGGUGAAAUCAAAGAGAUCCGUGAAACUCCACACAAGCGCCAUCAUAAAUUCAUAGAGUUCUAUGAUGUUAGAGCUGCUGAAGCUGCUCUUCGUGCUCUAAACAGGAGUGAUAUUGCGGGAAAGAAAAUUAAGCUUGAGCCUAGCCGCCCUGGAGGUGCAAGACGGUGCUUAAUGCAGCAGUUAUCUCCGGAGUUGGAGCAGGAAGAGCUGAGUGGAGGCAGGCAGGGCAGCCCUAAUAACUCUCCUUCAGGAUGCUUUGGAUCCAUCGCGCUUGGUGCAAUUACAUCAAAUGGCCUUGAAAAUGGAGGCAGCCAGGGCCUACAUUCUGCAAUCCGGGCACCAAUUAGUCCAUUUGUGGAAUCUACAUUUCAUGGGAUAUCCUCUAGUGUACCUCAGAGUCUAUCCUCCCCUGUUAGAAUAGCUUCAGUAGGUAAUCGCAGCAAUCAAUCCAUCCAUGGUGAGCUCAGCCAACCAUUGGGUCAGAUGAGCUUCGGAUUUCAAAAUUUGCCAGGUUUCCAUCCUCAUUCACUUCCAGAGUAUCACAAUGGAUUAACCAAUGGAAUCCCAUACAGCUCCUCAAAUACCAUGUCAUCCAUGGGGGUCAAUGUCAACUCUGGGCCUGCUGAUGGAAUUGAUAACAGACAUAUUCACCAAGUAGGCUCUGGAAGUUUUAGCAGCCAUUCCUUUGGUCGUAAUGAAAGUGCAUAUGGAGUUUCUGGAAAUGGAAGCUGCCCUCUUCAUGGACAUCAGUAUGUUUGGAAUAAUUCAAAUGCAUUCCACCAUCAUCCGCCUGGUCCCAUGCUAUGGUCCAAUUCACCAUCAUUCGUGAACAACAUACCUGCUCAUCCCCCAACUCAAAUGCACGGACUUCAAAGAGCACCAUCUCAUAUGCUGAACACUGUUCUACCUUUACACCACCAUCAUGUUGGUUCAGCACCUGCCAUCAAUCCAUCUCUAUGGGAUAGGCGACAUGGCUAUGUAGGGGAUUCCACAGAUGUACCUGCUUUUCAUCCAGGAUCUCUUGGAAGUAUGGGGUUUUCUGGCAGCCCUCAGUUGCACACGCUGGAACUUGCUUCUCGAAACAUCUUUCCUCAUGCUAGUGGAAACUGCAUGGAUCCUUCUCUUUCUCCUGCACAUGUUGGCAUUCCUUCUCCCCAGCAAAGGUGUCACAUGUUUCAUGGAAGGAAUGCCAUGAUCCCUGUGCCUGCUUCAUUUGAUGCUCCUAAUGAUCGUAUCAGGAGUCGAAGAAGUGAAGCAAGUGCCAAUCAGGGGGAUAACAAAAAGCAAUAUGAACUUGAUAUCGAACGCAUUGUGCGUGGAGAAGACUCUCGAACAACACUUAUGAUUAAAAACAUUCCUAACAAGUACACAUCUAAGAUGCUUUUGGCUGCUAUUGAUGAACAUCAUCGAGGAACUUAUGAUUUUAUCUAUUUGCCAAUUGACUUUAAGAACAAGUGCAAUGUGGGCUAUGCUUUUAUCAACAUGAUUGAUCCUCAGCAUAUAAUUCCAUUUUAUCAGACAUUUAAUGGUAAGAAAUGGGAGAAGUUCAACAGCGAAAAGGUGGCAUCACUUGCAUAUGCCAGAAUCCAAGGGAAAGCAGCUCUUAUUGCUCAUUUCCAGAACUCAAGUCUUAUGAAUGAGGACAAACGCUGCCGUCCUAUUCUCUUCCAUUCAGAUGGUCCUAAUGCAGGGGAUCAGGAGCCCUUCCCUAUGGGGGUCAACAUCCGGUCCAGGUCUGGCAGAUCAAGGGCUGCUGGUAAUGAAGAGAACCAUCAGGGAAGCCCAUCAACCUCCGCAAACGGAGAAGCUUCUUGCAAUGGAGCGGGCUCUCCAGGUUCGACCAAGGACUUGGAGUGACCCAAGCCACUAUCCAGGGGCCACUAACCUUAAGAACCAAACCUGUAAACAUGAUCUCAUCUCCAAUUUUCCUUUAUUUUUGUUCGCUUUGUCGUGUCCAGUAUUUGUAGUGGUAACUUCUGUAACAUGGUUGUUCACCCUUGGGUGCUGUGGAUUCCUGCAUCACUGAGAGAGGGACUCCCAAUUUUCCUUGGAUUAUAUAUUCAGUAACUGAAGACAGAAAGGCGAAGUGCAGGGAGAGUUUAAGAUUUUGGAUGGCCGUAACACGAAUAAACAGUGUACAGGAGUUUCAAGAAAGCGAGGACAACAGAAUUUUCUCAGCAAUAGCGGUUUGAGAGGGCCUUCUCUGCAUUUUCUUUCCUUUCUUAUUUUGAUUUUGCUUGCAUUUUUGGGUCUGAGAACCCCGCCAUGUGUAGGGUUCUGUGUUUUUUGGAGCUGGGUUGAGUGUCUGUGGAGGCCACCUGGCAUGUCAUUUGAGGCCUGUAUGUUUGUUUUCUCACAUAUACAUCUAUAAAGCACGAAUUUUUGAAGUGCUGGAGAUUUUUUGCUGGAUGCGCUUUUCAUCA